AUGAAUCCUCUUCUUGUGCUUGGGUCUAUCCUUUGUUUAGUUUCUCUUUCUUAUGCAAGGGAUAUCAAAAUGGGGGUCUUUCUUCCUUUCACUGGUGGUUGGACUGGUGGUCCCAGGAUGGCAUCAGCAAUUCUGAUUGCUAGGGACAAAGUAAACAGUGACCCUUACUGGCUUCAAGGACAUAACCUGACCUUUGUACUUAAAGACAGCAAAUGUGAAGCAAGAGCAUCUCUUGCAACAUUGGUGGACUAUUACACAAUAGAAAACCCCAAAGUUGAUGUCUACAUUGGUCCUGGAUGUUCAGUGGGAUGUGUCCCUGGUGCCUACAUAGCAGCUCACUGGAACAUUCCCAUGGUAUCUUGGGGAUGCGCAGCGACAGUACUAUCAGACAAAACACUCUAUCCUUAUUUUGUACGGACAACUGGUACAUUUGCUGGUAUGGGAGGUCUCUUAAGGGCCAUCUUAGCAAAAUUCAAAUGGGAUCGCAUAGCAAUCAUGUCUUCAACAGAAACAGCUUUCUCAGCGGCUGCUAAUGAUGCAAAGGUCACCAUAGAGAAAGAUGGCAAAUAUUCAGUACCCUUUUUUGGUAGCUUUUCCCCUGGAGCAACUGACCUCUUCAAACUUAAAUCCAUGGUCAGGUCAAUGGCAACCAAGGCACAUGGUAAGUAACAAGAACAAACCUGACAGAGGACAUGCAUACAGACAAUAUUGGCUUAUAUUCAUGAACCUUUGUGUUCUUUAUUACAAUUGCUAACUGAUGUAAGCUUAAUAAUUUAUAUUAAAUAAAAGAUCAUGAUAAAAUAGAGUUGUAAAUUGACCAACUUAUCUUCACUUUACAGUUGUAAUGGUAUUUUGCUAUAAUGAUCUUAUGAGAAGUCUAGUGCUUAUCUUCAACGAGCUGGGCCUGUUGAAUGGGGAUUAUGUGAUAAUUUCCUCUGAGACACUUUAUGAGUCAUGCCAAGCUGGUGAUGAAAGAGAUGAUGAGGCUUGCAAAGCUUAUGAAGGAAUGAUUGACAUUAGUCAGUACGUUCCAGAUUCACAGGACUAUACAGACUUUAUUACUGAUGUUUACAACAGGAUGCCUGAACUGAACUACACAAUGAGUGCACCUAAUGAAGUAAGUACACCUCUUACACACCUGAAAUGUAUUUAAGCAAGACAUUACCCCUAAAGCUGAAAUCAUCAACUGUGAUUCAUGAAAUAAAAUGAAACAAAUUAAAGAGGACAAAACUCAACAAUGCACCAAGUUAUAUCAUGAAAAAGUCUUCCCUAGACCCCUAUCAAUCCCAACACUUCAUUAUCAGCCUACUGAUCAUCAAAUGACUUAAUUAUAUUAUUGCUUUUUUUCUGCUAGACUAGCAUCUAUGCUGCUUACCUUCAUGAUGCCAUUCUUUUGUAUGCAUAUGCCCUAAAUGAAUCUUUGACCCAGGGUUUGGCCAUAACUGAAGGGGCAAAUGUGUCUAAGUCAAUGAUAGGAAAGCAAUUCAUAGGUGAGCAUGCUUUUAAGCAACAUUUUUGAUAAGAUGGAUCCUUAUUGAUACACCCAGUUUCACCUAUUAAUAUAUAUUUAAAAUGUCCCUUUCAAGCAAUAUUGUCAUUUGCAUUAUUUUAUUAAGUACAGAUAAACCACCUUUGUGUCAUUAUUCUACAUCACUACUGACAAUAACAUUAAUUUUCUAGCAAAACAGUGUCACUGAGCCCCAAAGAAAAAAAAGCUUGUGAAUAUUCAUGUGUAAGAGCUGAAGAGAAUUCUUUUUUCUCCAAUGCUAAUAGGUGCAUCAGGUCCUGUUGGUAUUGAUGAAAAGGGAGACAGAGUUGCCUCUUUCAGGCUGCAAUCAUUUCUACCCGGCAUGUCACUUGUAAGAAUUGCAAAUUAUUUUGGCACAACUGGAGAACUUCAGCUUUUGAAUCAACCAAUCAUGUGGCAUGGUGGUACCACAAAGAUUCCCCUUGGAAGACCAGCAUGUGGUUUUGACAAUGAAUUUUGCAAAGAGGCUGCAAAAGGUAAAGGAAAAAUUUAUAGAGUCUAGUUGAACAAGAUAUGAGUUCCCUGUACAUAUUGGAAACAGUAAGCAAGAGAAAGUGUAUGUUAAUUCCAGCAUGCAGAUAACCAGGUCAAAAAUAUAGGUUGUCGGGCUAAUGUACUGUCAAAAGACCAGGCCCAGGUUGUUCAAAAACUGGAUUAAGAUAACACAGGGUUAGUGUGAAAUUUGAUUUCAGGUCUGAAAGCUUUAAAAGAAAAUUCAGUUCAAAUCUUUUUGCUUGCAAUUUGAUCAUUAGAUGUCCUAAAAAAAAAAGAGAAAAUUUUCCCUUAAAGGUUUUUGAACAAAGAAAUAAAGAAACCUGGAUUAAAAUUUAUCCCUGGGUUAGCACUAAUCGGCCUUUGAAAAAAACUGGGCCCAGAGGGUUAUAAUAACAGUGCACCUAAAAGUGAAGUUAACAUCUCCAACAUAAUCACGCUUUUAAGUUGGUCAUUUAUUUCAAUUGUAAUGGUUACAACUUUUAUUUUCUAGAGGAGGAUCCUACUUGGCCAUACAUCUUAGCAGGAUGUCUUACCUUUGUUUUAGUUGUUUCAAUUUUAGUGGGGUUUUUAUUGUGGCAGAGGUAAGCUUGUAAGUGUUUAGAUAAAAUUUGCCUUCUCAUGAACUUUGAUUACCUGGAUGAGAAAUGGUAUGGAAUAGGACUUAAACCUGCCAAAAUAUUAACAACAGUCUCUGAAAUCUCUUUUUGUUUUUUCGCCUUUGUUUUUGUUGGUGUUCAAUAGGAAACAAGCUUUUGAAGCAUCACUAUUGGCUCAAACAUGGAAAGUGGAAUAUGAUGACAUAAAAUGGCCAAAGUAUAAAAGAAAGCUAGGGAGUAGAAAGAGUAUGGUACGUCAGUGUCUAUAUGACUGAUGCUCUAUGUCAAUUCCUAUUUAAAUUUGUAUUAUUUUCUAGUCAUCUAAGACUGCUUCUUUCAACUUUAUUCUCCAACCAUUCUUGUAUAAUUAAAACAUCUUAAUGAACAGAGAGAACAUAGAAAACUUGGACCAUGUUACAAAAUUGUCUAAACAUAGAUCUAAGCAUCAAUACUUAAUUUAGACUAAUAAAUUACUCUUCUUAACUCUUCCUGCAGCAAAGUAUGGCAGGAAGUGAGCAUGGCUCUGUUGAGGAGUUUCGGGGACAAAUAUUCACUCUUCUUGGAAUUUAUGAGGUUCUCUUAAAAUUUGUUUUUAUUUCUUAUCAGUGACAAAUACUAAUUUGUUUGUUUACUCAUCAAAUUUCUCAUCUUGGGAUUGUUAUUUCUAGCAAACAAGGAAUCCAUCUUCUGAGGCAAUAUUUAGUUAUGAGAACUACAUUGUUGUGUACUGUCCCUCCUGCUUCCUGUACUUUCAUCUCUAGCUGUGUUGCUAUGUUACAAAUGACAGGCCAGCUCAUUGCUAGGGGCCAUGGGCAUGUGUGUGAAAUAACAGACCAGUACAGUUUAAUUGUUGUCCAGCAACAACAUGUACUAUAGCAAAAAUACUUUGUGUGAUUAAUAUACCUUAUGCUAAUAACUCUCUUAGUGACAUGCUGCAAACUUGGAACCAGCAUAAUUUUAAAUUAAACAGUUUCAUGAAGGCCUUUGGAGUUUAUCAGUUAAUGUAGCUUCUUUAUUCAUUUUUGUAUAUCACUCUUGUACUUGAUGUAUAUUUAGGAAUCAGGUUAUUAAAACCUUAAGUCUUUCAUGGUAAAACCUUGUCUUUACUUUACAACAUACAUAGUUAAACUUUUCCCAUCAAAUGUUACCUUUGUCAAUUAUGGACUAUCUUACUCUUGACAGGGGAAUUUAGUGGCAGUCAAAAGAUUACAGAAGGCCAAAGUUGCUCUGGAACGUGAAGUGCUGUUGGAACUGAAAGAGGUGAAACAGCAAAUUGAAGUCUUUACUUCCCUCAUUUUGACACCUUUUCUAGCUUCUACAUUAUUAUUAUAUUUUGAGAACAAAAAAAACCCUUUUAAAACUCUCAGUCAGAUGAAUGUAUCAGAUGUAUCUGAACAAUAGAAGGCUGUCAAAGUGAGGUUAAAAAUGUUUAUUUCAUAAAUUUACAAUUGCUAUAAGACUUCUGUUGAAAAGGUCUUUGUUUACUCAGAUGAAGGAUAUCAACCAUCACAAUGUCAACCUGUUCAUUGGUGCCUGUAUUGAUCCUGAAAACAUUUGCAUCUUAACCCAGUACUGCAACAAAGGAAGUCUCCAGGUAAAAUAAGAACUGAUUUAAAAUGACACAUUAUCAGCACAUCUUGCACUUAACUCGGUCUUGCAGUCUUAUUUUUUCAGACCAAAAAAAGUGCACUGUUUUCAUAACUGAAUUUUUUCUUAGGAUGUGUUGCAUAAUGACACCUUUAAGUUGGAUUGGAUGUUUCAGAUGUCAAUUUCAUCGGACAUUGCAAAGGUGUGUACAGUUUUUGGUACUGCAGUCAGUUUGAUGCUCUAUCAACCUUACCAUCUUCAUAUUCUUGCUAAACAAUUUGAGAUAAAUUCCAUGUGGCUUUUUACCAAAAGGUACACAAUAUUUCUAAUGAGCACUUACUUUUGAUCACUUUUUUAAUGACUGCUUAAACUAAGCAAUUGAAUACCCUUAGUUAUACUAGUUGAAUAACAGUUAGUAGUGAAAAAAGUUUUAUCCUGUGUAACUCAGUUGAGAUUUGUCUGGUUGUCUAGGAAAAUAAACAUUUCCUGUCUCUCAAAUAAGCUGCAUUUUAAUCAAAUCCCAUAGCAUGAGCUGAAUUCAUAGUCUCAUUCAUCAAAAGAUAUUUUCCAUCAAUUUAUUGUUCAACAGGGCAUGCACUUCCUGCAGAAUAGUCCAGUUCAGUUACAUGGCAACUUAAAGUCAUCAAAUGUGUUGAUUGACAGCCACUGGACAUGCAAACUAACUGACCAUGGGUUGUUUCUCUUCAAAGAAGGACAGGAGAUUGAUGUGGAAGCUGGUGAAGAUACCAACUAUUAUGGUAAAUCAAUUUUUGAUAAAAAAAAAAAAGUAGUUUGGUUUGGUCAAAUAAUUUUCUGAUUCCUUUCUAAUUUAAGACAAUCUUUGGACAGCACCAGAACAUAUCCUCAAUGACCAGUAUCCUCAUUCUCAACCUGGAGAUGUGUACAGCUAUGGAAUCAUCCUUUCUGAAAUUGUAACUCGUGGUUUACCCUUCAGCAUGUACGAGGACUUGUCAGCUCAGGGUAUGUAUUCUGUGCCAAUUUAUGAAAUAUGAAAAGGAAACUUUUAUGAAGGAAUACAUGACAAGAAGGAGAAGAAAUAUUGAGUUCAGAAAUAAGCAAAACAUAGCUCUAAAAGCAAAAAGAUUAGGAAAUAUUCAGAAAAAACAAGAGAAUCUCAAAGGCAGGCAUUCAACAAACAAAGAAUCACAUUCUGAUCACAUUAGAGAACUGAUGCAUAAGAGAAAUAGUACUUAACAACCAACCAAAAUGCUGGUUUAGCAUAAUUUUGCAUAAUUUGCUGGUAAUCUGAAGCUUGCACAUGCAGGAAGGACAAUUUAGAUAAGUGGGUGCACUUUGUGGUGGAACCUAAAGAUUCCACCUAUUUUAUUGCUCAUCUGCUCAAUUUCACUGUUCCACCGCUCAAAGCGAACAAUGGUGCAUGAAACUACCACUUACACAAGCAUAGCUAAGGUCUACCUUCAAGUCAGAUUGAAGUUUUGAUUUUUGUGAUUUAAAAUUCCACUUAUGUAUAACUUUGAUUUAACAUUUAUUAAGCUGUUGUUGAGCGUGUUAAAAAAGGAGAGAUCCCAUCCUUCCGCCCACGUAUCACCAAGGACACUGUAGGACAUACUCUCUAUGUUGACAUGAUGAAAAUGUGCUGGGAUCAGGACCCACUCGCCAGGCCUAAGUUUUCAGACUGCAUCAAAUAUCUUACGCGGAUGAACAAAGGAAAGUAAGUGAACAGAUGACCGAGUUUGGAAGGUUUCUGUUGUAAUUACAGUUUCAUUACACACGUUUGUUACAUCUAUCUCAAAACACUAAGUCUCUCCUUUACACAUUUUAAAGACAAAGAAGUGUAAGGUAUUGUCAGUAAUUUCAGAAUUUGGGUUUGAGGCAUUUAUGAUGAUGGCUUACGAGAGACACACUAUUCGUAAAUUUGUUGUAAUUUCUGCUUGUUUUCUUUAGUGACUUCAACAUUAUGGAUACUAUGAUCACCAUGAUGGAAAAGUACACAGAUCACUUGGAAGACAUUGUCGCUGAGCGAACAGCUGAGCUUGCAGCUGAGAAAGCAAAGACUGACGAGCUUUUGUACAGGAUGCUUCCAAAGUAAAUUGCACUUAAAACUGCUUAGAAUUAAAUACUUUUUCAAUGCAAUUCAUAUAAGAAUAAGGAAUAAGCCUGCUGCCUUACCCUGCAACUGUUAACAUUCACGGUACCUUGAUAUAAUUGGUGUCAGGUAAACGCAUGGCGUGUGCAAAUCCAGCUAUGUUUUUCAAGAGGUGAUGAGGGCUUUAUUUGGUAGGAUUUCAGGCUGUUCAUAAAUCUAACUUUUUAUCUUUUCCAUAAUUUGAUUGUUAUAUUCUUGACUUUCUCUGUGGAAAAUGACAACCACUUCCGAAGAGCACAUUUCUUCAAAUCCAAAUACGCCGCCAUUUUGUGUAAUCCCUGACCCAUUCUUAUAACCCGUGCCCACGGUCGCUGAUAUUUGCGAUAUUUGAUGGUAUAUGUAUGAUGACAUCUUUUGUAUUCACUCUCAUGCCAUUUAUCUGUCUGUUUGGUUUUGUCUGAUUACAGGUCUGUGGCAGAGGAACUUAAGAGAGGGCAGCCUGUUACUGCCGAAACCUUUGAGUCCGCUACACUUUUUUUCAGUGAUAUCGUUGGUUUCACCAAGCUGGCAUCUGAGAGCACACCCCUUCAGGUACAUGUACUCCCGAAUAUACAUGUCGUAAGUCGAUCUCGUAAUAUCGAUUUGUUAGAAAAUACUUUCUUUUGUGUAUCCGUUUAUAGAUUGUUGACUUGCUUAACGACCUGUACACUUGCUUUGACGAAAUCAUUGACAUGCAUGAUGUCUACAAGGUAAGACAUGUUACAUGACUGAACACUAAGAUGUCUUCUCCAGCGUAAACAAGGUAAAACUCAGUGGUAGUUGAGUCACUUUAAUAGAAUGCCUUGACAGGAGAACACAUUUAUACAUCCAUUGCUUAUAAUUCAGGUUGAGACUAUUGGUGAUGCCUACGUGGUCGCUUCCGGGCUACCAAACAGGAAUGGAAUCAGACAUGCUGGCGAGAUCAGUAACAUGUCUUUAGAUUUGCUGUCAGCAAUGACUGCUUUUAAGAUAAGGCAUGUUCCAGGAAGGCAACUGCAACUCAGAAUUGGGAUUCAUACAGGUUAGAAACCUUUCUUAAGCUAACUUAGCUACAUUCUAGGUCAUGAGUUCAUAAACUGACUUGCACAAGGGUUUAGCGGGAUCUUCAGUUAUGGGGAUCAGUUCUAUGCAUAUAAUUAGCAUCUUGCUGACAUUAGGGGGCACGCCAAGUUGUAAAAUAAUUAUCACCAUAACAAGGGAGUUAUCACCACUUCAGCGUCGCCCUUAUGGAACCCUGGAAAAGUUAACAAAAGAAAAAUGAAAGAGUCGGUAUGGGGAAAUUAUUUGUGUUUCUGACUUAAACAAUGCCUCCUUUCAGGUCCCGUGGUUGCCGGGGUUGUUGGUCUCAAAAUGCCGCGAUAUUGCCUGUUUGGUGACACGGUCAACUAUGCGUCAAGAAUGGAGUCUUCCGGUUUGGGUAAGGAAGAGCCUCUCAGCAUGCCUCACACGUAAGGGAGAAUUGUAGGAAAUUCCGUUUUUCGCGAUGAUUUCAAUCUUAAAUUGGCUUCAGUGUUAUUCCCUAUAAUGAAGAGGGUUCUAUAAAGGGCCUAGGUUGUUUGGGUAUGAAAGAUCCCGCUUGUCUAACUAACAAGCGUUGAGCUAAGAAACAUGAUUCCUUGGAACCGAAGACAUUUUUUAUCUUCAGAAAUUGGAAAAAUAACAAUAUAUCUUGAGACCUUGGAACACGCGGUGUUCCAGGGUCUCAAAUACCAAUCAUCUUGGAUGCCGAUCUAACUCUUUCGUCGGUACUUACACUCCAUGCUCCCUCCCUUUGUCACAUAAAAAAUUUAACUCAAAUUUCAUUUACCUGUGGAGUAGCUUUCAACAUUUCUGCAUUUUGGUCCCCCCUUUCUCAAAAAUUGUGGGCAAUUCAUUUUCAGUCCGCCUUUCCGGCUUUGACUCCCUCACUUACCAGAGCUCUACAAUUUUUUCAGCUCUUCGAAUUCACGUGAGUCCAGAAUGCAAAGAAGUUCUUGAUAGACUUGGCGGAUACGUGCUGCAAGAAAGAGGUUUCGUUGAAAUGAAGGUAAGCGAGCGUUUAUCUAUUUUACAUGAUCAAAUCUUUUAGAGCAAGUGCUUUGUUACUGCGAGAGCUUAUCAGAAUAUUCUUGGCAUGAAGCAAUUAGGAUCGAAUGCAUAUUGAAGUUUGUGUUCAAAUGUUCGUAGAAUCAUCUGUAACUGCCUCAGACGACGACCUGCUAUAAGUUAGCGAGUAGUCUUAUUAGCACUCUGAAGCAGCAAAUAUAAGUUGUAAAUUCGAUGCUUACGAUAUUCUAAAAUCUCAACUCAACGUGCUUCGUCCAGAAUGACGGUACAUUGUAAUCAAGCUUUUCAUUUAACUUUCAGGGCAAGGGGAGCAUCCUUACGUAUUUCUUAAAAACAAGAGAAGGAUUUUACAAACCUCUUCCGGAUCUCUCCAUGGCGGAUAGCAUGGAAGAGCACUCUUUUAAGUAG